AUGGUGAAACACAUCAAUGAAUUACCAACACCGGUACGGAUGACAGCUGUUGUAAGCACAGAAAAUGUCCAAUUUUUAAACGUGGAGUUGUCAGUGGAAGAACAUAGGAUUGCCUAUAGUCUCUACUCCAAGCCCACGGACAGGAACACAAUAUUACACCACACCAGUGCCCACCCAACCAGUUUGAAAAAUUCCAUACCGCGAGCACAAUUCCUCAGGGUUAUGAGAAAUAACUCAAAGGAAACAGUGAAACAGCAACAAAUACUUGGGAUGAAGAUUACAUUUUUGGAAAGAGGGUAUAGUGAAGAAGUCUUAAAUAGAGCGUUGGAAGAAGCUAAGAAAAAAGCAACCACGCGUCAAGACACCACUACAAACCCUAAAUUAGUCUUCCCCAUGACAUUUCACAAUAAGUCACAGAAAAUAUCUAAUAUUGUGAGGAGUAAUUGGAAUGUGUUAGCAUGGGAUAAUACCCUACCAAGGGAAUUCAAGGAACCACGAGGAUUUGUUACUGAAGGAACAGGAAUUUGA